AUGGAACCAGGAAUCUCCAACCAGUCAUUUUUUUUCUCCUUCACUGACUUUACUCUUUUGGGUUUCCCUGGGAUAUCUCAAUGGAGACCUCUCCUGGCAAUCCCAUUCUUUUCCAUGUAUUUAGUUAUCCUGAGUGGGAAUUCUCUCAUUGUCUUCCUGAUUUACACUGAGAAAACCCUCAAUUCGCCCAUGUAUUUGCUCAUCUUACUACUCUUUGCAAUUAAUAUGACCAUUACUACUGCCAUUUUGCCAAAAUUCUUCCUAGACUUGUUAUUUUGUCUCAACCAAGUUUCCCUGACCGGCUGUCUUCUGCAGAUGUUUUUUAUCUACUUCUUUUCAGUUUGCGAAUCUGGUGUGAUCCUAAUAAUGUCCUUAGACAGAUACAUAGCAAUCUGUAGGCCACUGCGUUAUCAUAACAUCAUGACAAAGAGUUUACUGGCCUGGCUAAUGGUCAUUGUAUUAAUUCGAAAUUGCCUCCUUAUUUGCCCAUUGAUCAUAUUAACUUCUAAGGUCCAAUUCUGCAAGUCCAACAUCAUCCUGAACUUUGCAUGUGAAAACAUGGCGCUUCUCAGUCUUGGAUGUGGAGACACCACCAGACCACAGAUUGCUGGGUUAAUUGUGCAAAUUUUUGUGAUUGUGCUUGAUUUUAGCCUACUCUUGAUUUCCUACUCAAACAUACUCUACACAGCUAUGAAAACAGCUACUGGGAAAUCCCAACACAAAGCUCUAAACGCCUGUGGGACACACUUGCUGGUGGGAAUAUUGGCCUAUAUGAGUGCUCUGUCAUCAUCAACUGUGUACAGAAUGGAAACAACUAUUUCAAUAGAUGUUAAGAAUCUGUUCACUGCACUGAACCUAAUAGUCCCAGCCUCCUUAAACCCCUUUAUAUAUGGAUUGAAGGUGUCAGAGAUCAGAAAGAGUCUGAUUAAAUACUGGAGGAAAAAGACAAUGUUGUUCUUCUAAUGAGAUAGAAGACAUUCCCAACACUCCUGGUGAUUGCUAUUAGAUGGGACAUAAGUACAUAAGUGACAAAAGUCACAGGUUAUACUCACAAAAUAAAGUUUAGAAUUUAGUUCAG